AUGGGUGUUGUCUUGGCAAAGUAUCACACUGUGUCAGAGCUGCUGAAGCUGCUGUCCAAUGAGACACUGAGCACAGGGGAAAAAAUCAGUAUCAUUCUAACAAUUGGACACUGUACUGAAAUUUGUGAAGAAAACCAGUGUGAGCUGCUUCAGAACAAUGGUCUGCCACUUAUGAUUCAGAUAUUGACAGAAUCUCAGGACGAGGAACUCAUCAAAGCUUUGUCUCUGAAAUUAUGUGAUAACUCAUUAAAUGUGAACAAUGCAGAAGAAUUGGAUGUGCAAGUCAGAAAAAGAUGUCUGCAAGACUACUGGAAGAAAGCAAAAGAAAUUUUACACAGAAUUAACUCAGUUGAAAAACAGCACAAUGAGGAAAAAGUGCAAGGAGAAAUAUUUGUAGAUGAAUCUUCAGUAGCCAAUUCUGAAGCAUUAAAAUCCCAUGAAGUGAAUCCUGUUGAUCCAAAGAAGUACACAGAAGGAACACAGAAAGAUGUCUGUUGUCCACAGUUGACCUCAGAGUUGAAUAAUCCUGUUCUUGCUCCAUCUGUAACUUCUGCUCCACAAAAAAAUGAAACAGUGAACACUAUGGAUGCAGCUUCUACCAGACAAACUGAACAGAGGAACAUUCCAAGUUCAGUCACUGAGCUGCAAACAGACAGUGUACCGCAAAGUCACAAUAUAAAUGGAAAAACUGCUUGUGGAAAAAAUCAGUCUGGUCUUCAGGGAGGUGAACAGUUAUUUAAACAACCAGCAGAGACUGUUAGAAAUAUGAAACAGACAUGCAUACCAGAUAAACAUCCAUUCUGCUCAGAGAAAACUGAGAGAGUCAAAAGUACUUCAGUUACACCUUCAUCCCAUAAAAUGGCAGAUUUAAGGUGUUUAGGUUGCAUAGCCGGAGGACUGUCCUUGAACAGUAAAACCUUCACCAAGAUGUUGCAGAGUUGCCUGCAUAGGUGUGAGCACCACAGAGUCAUCCUGGAGGCUGAAGAAAGAUACCGAGGGGAGCUCCGCAGGGUGGCCGCUGGUAACAACAGCAGAUGUGCAACUCACCAGAAAAUGCUGCUGGCCCCAGUGAGGAAAGACAGUCUGCUUAAAGAAAUACCAACUUUUAGGAGCAAGAAGGAUAGUUUCCAAAGCAUUCUUUUGACUCCAAAUAGAAAAGACAAAUCUAAUGCUUCAAAGAGAGAUGAACAUGGUAGAAAUAUUAGGUGGACUAGCAACUAUAACUUGACACCUGCAUAUGAAAAGUCUUUACAAAAAACCCAAGAUGUUAACCUGAAGAGACAGAGAGUCAAAGAGAUGUGCAACCAGAAAUGUCAGCACUUAAAAGAAAAUUGCACACAUUCACUUGACAAAGAUGAGGGCAAUAAAAUGUGUUCCCUGGCCAUGAAAAUGAGACCUCUGAACAAGAGAAGAGUCCUAAAAGAUUUCACAGCUGAAGAAAUCAACUGCCUUUUGAACGGUGUCCAAAAAAUGGGCAACCACUGGAAUUUGAUUUUGUGGUCUUACCUUUUCCAGAAAGGACGGACAAGCGUUGACCUUUCCAAGAAGUACUACAGGUUACAAGUGCAGGUACUCAUCACUGAAUUUUCUACUGAUGGCAAAUGCUGGGAGCCCAGUUUUCAUCAUUAG